AUGGCAUCUCGCAAUUACUUUCCAGAGAUGCCAACGCCAUCGUCUUUGCUGUCGGCUUAUGCCUCAAUAUCAACUUCAGUCAUGCUUUUCCGUACAAUGUUGAACCAGCUCUUUCCUAGACAACUUCGUGGAUAUGUCAUGGAUGCUGUUCGAUUUUACUGGAAACCAAAAUCUUCAAAGCUCACUCUGGUUUUCGAGGAAAAAGAUGGCAUGACACCUAACCAUAUGUUUGAUGCUGCCGAGGCCUUCAUUUGUACUCAAAUCAACCCCGAUUCUGACCGCCUAAGGAUUACGAAGAAUGUUAAAGAAAACCACAUAAAUAUCAAGUUUGCAGAAUCUGAGGAAGUUAUAGAUUCGUUUGAAGGAAUCCCGCUUACAUGGAGGUACGUCAAUUUGAACUUGCAACAAAUCAACAGCAGUGGCGGUGCCGGCGACGACGAUUUCAGUGACGAUGAAUUUGGUUAUGGUAAUGGAAGAAGCUCGAGUGGCGGGUUUUUCUCUCGGAAGAGAUAUAUGGAAUUGAAAUUUGACAAAAGGUAUAAAGAGAUAAUCAUAAGUUCUUAUUUGCCAUUUAUUAUUAGGAAAGCUAAAGAGCUACAAGACCAAAAGAAAGUUGUCAAGUUACAUGACCUGCAUAUAUGUGGACCGGGCUCUAAAGGGUCCGUGAAUCUAGAUCAUCCAUCAACGUUUGAUACACUUGCGAUGGAUCCUCAGAUGAAGAAGGCGAUUAUUGACGAUUUGGAUUUGUUUUUGAGACGGAGGGACUUUUAUAAAAAGGUCGGGAAGGCGUGGAAGAGAGGUUAUUUGUUAUAUGGUCCGCCAGGGACAGGGAAAUCUAGCUUGAUCGCCGCCAUUGCGAAUUACCUUAAGUUUGAUAUAUAUGAUUUGCAGUUGAUGAAUGUUGGAGGUGAUUCUGGGUUAAAGAACUUGAUGUUAAGAACAUCAAAUCGGUCUAUAAUAGUAAUCGAAGAUAUCGAUUGCAACAUACAGUUGCCCGAUCGGAAUGGAACUCGUCUUCUGCCACCUGGACUUUCCGAAUAUAAACCCACUCGCAAUCUCCAGGUUAGAGUAGCACGCACAUCUGAUCCAAUAUUCUCUUUGUCGGGGCUUUUGAAUUUCAUAGACGGGCUAUGGUCGUGUUGUGGGGAUGAACGUAUAAUAAUAUUUACAACAAACCACAAAGAAAGACUUGAUCCUGCAUUGCUUAGACCAGGGCGGAUGGACGUGCACAUUCACAUGUCUUACUUGACUGUUGAUGGGUUCAAGACACUAGCAGCUAAUUACCUUAAUAUUCACGACGACAACCAUUGGCGAUUCGAAGAAAUUAAUGAGUUGAUCAAUUGCAAUAAGGUUACACCAGCAGAGGUGGCCGAGGAACUUAUGAAGUCUGAUAAUGUGGAGGUUGUGUUGGAUGGAUUUGUGAACUUUUUGAAACGUAAGAAGAUGAACGAAGAUGAAACUAAAGAUGUGAUGGGUGACGAAAAUGAUGAAGUUCAUGAGACUAAAAAGGUCAAAACUUUGCCAUGA